AGGUGUUUAAACAGCUGGCGGCCAUUAAAGCGUAAUCGGAUUAUCUAGUGUAAACAACCGUUAUUAUGAUAAUUAUCUGGACUAUUAACGGUGAUUAGUGGACAAUGGUGUAUUGUGCGGCUUUCGGUUGUACCAACAUUCAGAAGAAGGGGUGCGGAUUGAGCUUUUUUAGUUUUCCUAAGGAUGCAGCUCGGAGGAAAACAUGGAUUGUCUACUGUCGCUGGGGCGUUGAACCCACGAAGAGCAGCCGAUUGUGUUCUGAACAUUUUUCCAUAGUGCAGUUUGACCGGGAUCUAGAGAGACUAAAGGAAAACGGCUAUGAAGGAGCAAAAAUUCGCCUCCGGAAGGAUGCAGUACCAGACAUCCCCCUCCGUGUUUGUGAUCAGGACGAGAAUGCCGCCAUCCCCGCGCCAAAACAGCGAGGAGCUUUUGCUAAGCGACAAAAGGCUGAUAUUCUCCGCCAGGCUUUGGAAGAAUUCGAGCUAACAAGGGAUGUUAAUGUCGAUACGUGUGCAAGUCCACCUGAGGCAGAGACGAUCACGGCGGAAGCACCAACACAGGAUGAAGAACCUUUUUUUCAACCCCCAACCCACCAGUGACACUCUCAACGUAACUGUAGAGACCCAG